AUGGAAAAUAUCGCCGAGCAAGAAAAACACUACGAGAAAAUGGUCGAGUUCAUGGAGAAAGUCUCUGCUUCCGCCGACAACGAGGAGUUCACCGUCGAAGAACAAAACCUUCUCUCCGAAGCUUAUAAGAACAUCAUCGGCGCUCGCCGUGCUUCCUGGCGCAUCAUCUCCUCCAUCGAGUUGGCUCCUACUGGAGUAGAGAAAGCUGUGGAGGAAGGCUUGGUUUCUGAAGAAGAUGUCAAACCGAAGACUUUAUUGCAGGUGCAGUUCCCAGUUUUGUCUUUCCUAAAAGGUACGGCUUUUCUUUGUUCACUUCUGGUUUCAUCCUUCAGUUUUGAUUUACUUCGCAAUCUAGUUUUUUGUGUUGCUUUUGGUUUGAAGACAUCUCUAUUGUUCAAAAUGCAAUCAAACCCCACCAGAAAGGACUUGGGUCUUAUUUUCCUUGUCAAGGCCCCUGUUUGUCCCCCACCAGAAAGGAGUUUGCAUCCAACCCCAGCAUAUGUCAUGAGCCCCUCAACUGAAACCGCUGUCUAUAAUCAACAUCAGCCGCAUAUGAUGAUUGAUGAAUUGCCACUACGGCCUGGCCAACCUGAGUACAGUUACUUCCUAAAAACCGGGGACUGUAAGUUUAAAUCUAAUUGCAAAUAUCAUCAUCCAAAAAGCCGAUCUGCAAAGGCGACACCAUAUACUCUCAGUGACAAUGGCUUGCCACUGAGACCUCGGUACGACAUUUGCAAGUUCGGGCCAGCCUGUAAAUUUGACCAUUCGAUGCAGGCAGCUCCUCCAACAACAGAUUCUGAACUGGAUCAGCCUCCAUCCUUCGACCAUUCUGCACCAUUAGAACAAACCAGAAUUACCGAAAGUAAUAGUAUCGGAAAUUAAUUUUUAAGGAAAACGGC